CCAUGAAAUGGAAAAUCUUGAUCAUUCCUAAGUCAAGCAAAACCCUCAGGCUUGCGCCUCACUGUAUCCUUUUAUCUCCCCUUCUCACCAGGAUGAGUCUGAAAAGAGGAGUGGGAGUGUGCAGGAAUGAAUGAAGGGGGCGUAGCCAAGAAGGAAGAGGAGGUCCAAGCUGGUGCUUUUUGGCAGUUGCAGGUUACCUAACAUUACAGCCACAGGCUCUUACUAAAGCACGAAAUUGCCAAUUCUGCUCCUUCAAAGACAAAUAAGGUUUUCCCAAUGGAUUCUCUAACAACAUCAAACAAUCAGUUUGCUCUUGAGUUUAGCAAAAAGCUAGCUGAGUCAGCUGGGGAUAAAAACAUCUUCUUUUCCCCCUGGAGUAUUUCUACUGCUCUAGCCAUGGUCUAUUUGGGUGCCAAAGGUAACACUGCAACCCAAAUGGAACAAGUGCUUCAACUUAAAGCCACAGGAACCGAAAUAACCAGUUCUCGAUUUGAGAAGAAAAGGAAGACGGAACUUAGCCCAAGAAAAGCAGAAGACAUACAUUCUGACUUCCAGGCGCUCAUAUCGGAAAUCAACAAAGCCAGCGAUUCCUACUUGCUGAAAACUGCCAAUAGGUUAUAUGGGGAAAAAACCUAUCCCUUUCAUUGUGAAUACCUGGAAAACAUGAAAAAAUACUUUGGUGCAGAGCCACAAUCUGUUAAUUUUUUGGAAACUGCAGACCAGACCAGGGCAGAAAUCAAUUCCUGGGUUGAAAACCAGACUGAGGGCAAAAUUGUGAAGCUUCUACCAGAUGAUUCUAUUGAUUCCAUGACCAGAUUGGUUCUAGUGAAUGCCGUCUACUUUAAAGGCAAAUGGAAAGAAGAAUUCAAGCCUAAAGACACAAUAGAAAAACCUUUCAGAGUAAACAAGACAACAACAAAGCCAGUGAAAAUGAUGUCAAUGAAACGCAAUCUUGAAAUAUUCCAUGUAGAAAAGCCAAAAGCCAAGGGCAUUCAGCUUUAUUAUGGCAAUGGGGAUGUGAGCAUGUUUAUAGUGCUACCAGAUGACAUCAAUGGCCUGAAAGAGCUGGAAAAGACAAUAACUUAUGGAAAGUUGAGUGAUUGGACUCAUGAAGACAUGAUGGAGAAGUAUGAUGUGCAGCUGUAUCUCCCUAGAUUUAAGCUGGAAGAGAGCUAUGACCUCAAAUCAACCUUGAGCAGUAUGGGGAUGAGUGAUGCCUUCAGCACAAACCAUGCUGACUUUUCUGGCAUUACUGAGAGAAAAAAUCUAUUUUUGUCAGAAGUUUUCCAUAAGUCUUUUGUAGAAGUCAAUGAGGAAGGUACUGAGGCAUCAGCAAGCACUGCAGAUGAGAUUUCAUUUCGAAUGAAUCUCCCUUCCAUAACAGUCAAUGUGGAUCACCCAUUCCUAUUUUUCAUUAAACACAAAAAAACCAAUAAUAUUCUCUUCUAUGGAAGAGUCUACUCCCCCUAGAUGUUGCCUCCCACUCACAUAGCAAGAUGGACUUCCAGCUUUCGAAAUGCACCAAAAGAUGGGAAUAUUCAUUCAACCUGGAAAAGUCCUUGGCCACUUGGGUCUCCUUUUUGUAUCCUAGUUAAUAAGGAAGUCAUGAUAUUGAUAAUUUUGAAAUGCAGUAUGUUGUAAAAGCUGUUUCCUUUGAGCACAGAUAAUAUCUGGAACCAUAAUUUUGAUCUUUAUAAUUCUGGUGUUUCUUGCUAUGAUAUUAUAGUGAAUUAUAUUAUCUGCUAUUAUCUUCUUUUAGCAUUUUGUGUUAUGCCAUUUGGGUGACUCAGACAUUCUUGAUCUAUCUGACAUUGUAACAACUAUUUACUGGAUCAUUUAUCUUUUCUCUGCCUGUUUAAAAAUUACCCAUCCAUCACUUGGUCAAAGAGUUGAGAAAAAUCAUCACCAAACUCUUUGUCUGGUGACACAGUCUCAGGUUUAUCAAUUUAUUAAGUAAAUCCCCAGAUCUGAUGCCUUCUGAUAAGCAAAAUAUUCUAGAAUGUCAAUUUUUCAUUAUAUGCUAUAGACAAAUUCCUUCCUUUAUUAGACAUGUAAGCUUUUAAGAAAAUGUGGGGAACAUAAUGCAUGUUCUGAUAUGUAAUUAACAUCAACCAAUUAAGCGAGCAUUUGUCAAGUGACUAUUAUGUAUCAGACACUGGCUCCACAUGAUGAAUCUUUUGGCCAGAGUACUUCCUGAAGCACAUCACCUAAAGUCUGAAAGUGGUGUAAGCUCUAUAAUUGUCACCAUUAAGCAAGACAGGCAAAAUCACUGACUUUUUGAAAUAUUGAUGUAUAAGUAUUAUUGUUAAUAUUCUUGAGGAGUAUUAUCCAAAUUCUUUUUGGCUAACAGGCUUUGUGAAAAAUACCUAAUUCACAAAUGUUCAUUAAUGGUGUUAGCAGGCAAUAUUCUAUUUCUGGAGACCUACUGGGGUGUUCUAAAUUGCUUUUUUUCCUAUUAAUUUUAGAAGCGUAAAAACUAUUAAAUCUCUCUUGUUUAUUAAAUGUAAAUCUUAGCCAAAUAUCUAUUCUGCCAUUUAAAUAUGUGGGCAGCUAUAACAGGAAAAUGACUCCUGAAGAAUACAUGGUGCUGUAUUUUAAAAUGAAAUUGUAUUUUUAGAGUGUCACAGUUACAAUUUUAUGGACUGUUAAAUGUGCUUUCAUUAUAUACCCAGUAUCUUGUGUUAAUGGCAGUCAAAUAAGAUUAAUAAUGAUUUUCUCUUUUAUAGUUGUGUUUUGAUCAAUUUUAGUAAUUUAAGAAUUUUAUAUCAUUUUGAUAUAGGAGUAGAUAGGUAAUGAAUAGGCUUCAAGAAAAAACAACCAGGCAAGAGUAAAGACAAUGCCUAGGGACAAAUAAUUUAAAUGGACUCAAUUUCAAAAGGACCAAGUCUAUUUCAAAAGAAAAGAAAUUAAAUCUUAUCAUAAAUUAAAUCAAAACCUAGAAAUUAUAUUUUAUCUUGGGAAAUGACUUGUUUUUAUACAUCUCUAAGUUUUGUAAAGUACUUUUUUAUACCAAUCUUUUGAGGAAGUACAAAAGUAUUAUCAUCUCCAUUUAAUAGUUGAGGAAACAGAUUGAGGAAUGUCAAGUGAUGUGUCCAGGAUCAUACAAUUAGAAAUUACCAGAGUUUUGAUUUGAACCUAAUUCUCUAAACUUCAAAUCCAAAACUAGGUGGCCCAAUAGAUAGAGUGAUGAACUUAGAGCCUGGAAGACCCAAGUUAAAGUCUCACCUCAGAAACUGUGUGACACUGAACAAGUUAUUUAACUUCUCCCAGCCUCAGUUUCCUCAUCUGUAAAAUAGUAAUAAUAAUAGCACCUACUUCACAGGGUUGUUGCGAGGACCAAAUGAGAUAAUUCUAAGUGCUAAAGAGAUGCUAGUUAUUUAUGUUAAUAUUUUCUACACUAUAGCCCGCUGCCUCUUAAAUAUUGGAUCACUGUUGUACUCUAGAAAGAGUAUUGAGAUUGGAGUCAAAUCUUUUGGAAACCACAUUACCUUAAUUGCCUACUGCUCCAUCAUCAGUAAAAGGUUAAAUUAGAUUAUCUUUAAGGUCUUUUUGAACUCUAAAUAUAUAAAUAUUGAAAAUACUUUCUUCAAAGUAUCACAAAAUGUAUUCAUCAAAAUGAAAUUGCUAAUAUUUUAUAAAGUAAAAUAGGACCUACCCAGCAAAACUCAGUAUAAUAUUUUAGGGGGAAAAAAGGAUAUUUAAUGGGAAAAAAAGGACU